UUAAACAGCUUUCUGACGAAGUAGUUCGUUUACUGGGAAGUUCACAAGUUAUAACAUCUGUAUACAGUGUUGCAAAAGAGCUGAUAGAAAACUCAUUCGAUGCAAAGGCGUCGUCAGUGGAAGUCAAACUGCGAUUGUCAAAAAAGAUUGUGUAGCAACUUACCCCUGACAAGGACCUAAGCAGUGCAGUCGCAUAGUCAUGGAGAAUUAUGGGCUUGAUAAAAUAGAAAUCCGUGACAAUGGCGAGGGUAUACCAUCAUCCUCCAUUCCCCUGGUUGCCAAGCGACAUCAUACCUCUAAAAUAGCCACCGUCUCAGAUAUUGAAGCUGUGUCUACUUACGGUUUCAGAGGCGAAGCAGUAGGUUCAUUAUGCACAGUGUCCUCUUUGUCGAUAACUUCAAAAACCAAGCAUGAUGAUGUUGGUCAGACCUUUACAUUUGAUCACCAUGGUAAUGUUACCUCUCAGAAACCAGCAGCAAUCAGUCAAGGAACAACAAUAGUGGCCACAAAUCUGUUCACAAACGUGCCAGUAAGGAGACAGAUGUUCAACUCGGUCAAGAAGAAGAAAGAAGAGCUAAAGAAGAUUGAAGACUUAUUGUAUAUUUAUGGCAUCAUAAAACAUGAUGUUCGAAUAUCCCUUCACAAUAACAAGGACCUGGUGUGGCAGAAACCAAGCUUUCCAGACUUGCGAAGUGCCCUGUCAGCAGUAUUUGGGAGAAUUUGUGCCGUGCAGUUGGACAGUCAUCAGUGUGAAUCAGAAACAACCAAGGUGAGAAUUGAGUGCUGCCUGCCUAAGCCUGCGUCUGCAGUGACCAUCACAAGCCGCUCUACUAACGACAGGUGCUUUGUAGUCAUGAAUCAACGUCCAGUUCAACUGAAAGACAUUGAAAAGGUUGUUCGUGAGUACUACUGCCACAGUGUGCCUUGUGAGGGCCGACAUCCUGUGUACUACAUACAUGUGACCUUGCCUUGCAAAGAUGUGGACGUCAAUGUGGAUCCUAACAAGACAAAAGUCAUGCUACAUCAUCAGGAAGAGGUUAUUUCCCUACUCAAGUCUCUGUUAGAAAGUGUGUAUGGUCCAGUUGCAUCGGACAAGCAUGCAAAGGUGUCAGAGAAAGUAUUUAGCUCAUUGGACGCGUCUGGGUUAUCAGAUUCUGCUGACCUGUCCAGUGAUUUUGUCAACAGUUUUGACUCUGGUGAUGACAAACAUAAAGAUUCCCAAGCUGUAAGAUUGGGUUCGCGCGUGAUUUCAAACAAUACAGCUCAGCAUUAUGAUUUGACAAAGAGUAUCGGCUCAAAAUCAGAGCUCAAACAACAGAGGAUACCUUGUGAAAACAUCAGUGCCUUAGAGAGGAACUCUGUUAAUAUUGAGUAUCAUCGUGUGAAUGAUUCUUCAGCAGACAAGGAAAACAUUAAACAAGAUGCAUUAGAAGCAUUAGAUGAAUUUUUAGGUACGAAUCAUGGUUAUGAUAAGAGCAAAGACACUCAUGGAAGAUCACAAGUGCAUGAGACUGAUUUGCAUAAGAAUAUGAAUUGUACGAAUGCUGACAGAACUACAUGUAAUGAAGUUCACACAGUAAAUCAUAAUGAAAAGAAGAAAAUUGAUGACAAUUGUACAAUGUUUAACAAUGAACCUGAAGAGGUUUUAAAUUGUUUCACACAAGUAGAAAAUGUAACAUUUGACAUUCUUGAUGAAGAUCUCGAAGAAAUUCUCCAAACCCAGGCUGAGGGUUCCUUAAAUGGUGAAAUCCUGAAAUGUCCUGGCAAUAGUUUGAAUGAAUCGGACGCCUUGCUUGCUAACAUGCCAUUAACUGCGUCACUGAGCAAUAGAGAGAGAUAUGAAGCUGAGCCAGAUAGAGUUGAAAGUGACAUGAGAGUCACUGAAGGGGUUGCUUUAAACUGGAGUAAAGGUGUCUCAGAGAGAAACCCCACGGGUGAAACCCUGCAGCCAGUUAAGCUUCUGUCAAGACUGGAUCAAGUAGGAAAGAAAAGACAACUCUGUGAUAUUGACAGUCUUGGACUAGUUUCACCACCUGCCAAAAAGAAAGCCAUGGAUGAGCUUUCCCAGCCCAAACUCUAUGAUGUCAUUGGAGAUAGUCCUUCUAACAAGAACUCAAUUGGAUAUCUGGCUUUCUCAAAAGAAAUCAGACCUAAAAUGGUGGAAGAGUACCCGUCGGCUGAUUUUGACAAGAUAUCUCGCCUGGUGCGUUCCCAGUGGGAGGGCCUCACAGCGGUCGAGAGGCAGGACUUUGAGCUGAGGGGCAGCAAACAGCUUGCUGAGCUGCAGAAGAGGGUGACAGCUGGCAGGAAACUCAUGCAGAAAACUGACCGAAGAAUGCAACCUGUUCAGGGACUCCCGUCUAUCAAAGACCAGCUCUUGUCUAGUGCAGGGUCCAAGAAAUGUGAUGUCCCCGUCAAGUCUGUGAUGGUGACAUUCUCUGUGGAACAGCUGCGAGAGAAAUAUGCCUCUGGUCUACGGUGUACACAGACUCAAAAGUCCCAUAAGGGAGGCCUGACUCUAGUAGGUCCCCUCAAGUACUACCACAGCUGGGUGUGUUACCAUGGUGAUCAGAUAGAGCUGCUGAACCCCAGUCGCCUAGAGGAGACCUUGCUACAUCGCCAGCUUAUGGAGAGCCAUGUGAUACCCUCCACACAACUGGAGAACCCCAUCGGCUUGAAUGAGAGGUCAAUUGGAGAUGCACAGCUGUAUGCCACCCUGAAAUCCUUGGUCCCACAUCAGACUACACAGACAUACACGUAUAUUGACGAUCCCAGGCUGAAAGCUAACGGAAUGGAGGUCAAGUGCCAUGUUGACAUGGAUGGGUCUGUUGCUAUGGAGCUGGUUGCUAUGGCAACCUGUAUGCCAAUGUUUGGGGUUAAGGACCUGGCAGAAAUACUCGAACUUAUUCAAAACACUGGAGCCAAGACACUUUAUGAGGCCAGGCCAUUGAAAGUUCUAUUCUACCUACAGGGUGAAGCAGUGAGAAUGAUGCGACAGCGAGGCCUGCAUAGGACCCGUGAGGACAUGGAAGAUCUGCUUGAACAGAUGGGGCGAGUACUGGGGCAGGAAUGUACCAGCUGUCUGCACAACAAACCCUUCUGUACUACUGUAUACAGCAUGGCAAAUAUACCCUGCUCACAGCUGACACAGUGUUGAACAUGGAGCCCUUCUGUACUACUGUAUAUAGCAGUGCAGAUAUACCCUGCUCACAAAUGAUGCAGUGUUGAACAUGGAGCCCUUCUGUACUACUCUAUAUAGCAGUGCCGAUAUACCCUGCUCACCAUUGACACAGUGUUGAACAUGCAGCCCUUCUGUACUACUCUAUAUAGCCAUGCUGAUAAACCCUGCUCACAAAUGACACAGUGUUGAACAUGGAUCCUUUCUGUACUACUGUAUAAUGCCAUGCCGAUAUACCCUGCUGGCAAUUUACAGUAUUGAACAUGGAGCCCUUCUCUACUACUGUAUAUAGCAGUGCCGAUAUACCCUGCUCAACAUUGACACAGUUUUGAAAAUCUACAAUUUUUAUGUGGUAUUCAUAUUGCGCUGGAUUCUGGCUAAACCAGAUGUCUGAACAAAAAGCCCUUCUGUAGGACUGUAUACACCCUGUGUGAUAUACCCUGCACACAGUUGACACAGCGUUGGAGAUUGAAAUUUCAUUUAAUGUGGCAUUCUUAAGGCACUGGCACCUCGUUAUAACAACUGUCUGCACAACAAGCCCUUCUGUUAGACUUUAUAUUGCGUGGGUGAUGCACACAAUGGACAAAGUGUUGAAGAUUGGUAAUUCAUAUGUGGUAUUUCUAAUGUAUUGGACACUGACUAAACCAGCUGUCUGCACAACAACCUCUUCUGUAGGACUGUGUUCUGCAUGGGCAAUAUACCAUGCUCUCAAUUGACAAAGUGUUGAUAAUUGAUGUCUCAUAUGUGCUUUUUCUGAUGCACUGGUGCCUUGCUUAUUCAGCUGUUGCACAAGAUGACCUUCUGUAGGGCUAUAUACAUUAACAUCAGGGGCAAUAUUCUAUGUAAAAUAUUGACAUACUGUUAAAGAUUCAUUUUAAUGAUUCUUACUAUGAUCUACUGCUCUCACUUAAUUCAGUGCUGAAAUUGAUACAGGUGUAGAGUUUGUAAUACAACUGGCCCAUGGCUGAACUAGCUGUUUGUCAAGAAGCCCUUUUGUACUGUAUACAGUAUGUGUAAUAUACACUGCUGUCAGCUUUUAAUGAUUAAGGUUCAUAAGGGAUUCUUCACAUGAAAGCGUGCACUCAGAUGAAGUGAAGUGAAAGCAGGCCCCUGGACUGUACCGUGUGCACAACAAGCCAUUAGUCAAACAUUUAAAAGUGUAAAGCAUUGCAGAUCUACUAAGCUCUCAAUAUACACAAUUUUACAAACCUUUCUCAUUACAUUUGUCACUGACUGCACAAGCUGUCUGCACACUUGUCAUUCAGAAGCCUUGGUAAUGGUGUGGAAAUCAUUUUAGAUUUUAUUUGUGUAUGUUUUGUUCUGCAUGAUUAUUGUUAAUGACCUCUCCAUUGUGAAAGUUAAUAGACAAUAAAUAUGAAAAGCAU